AUACCGAUUAGGAGAGAGAGGCGACCUGUCUAUAGUAAAUGUUAAUUUACUUUAAUGCCAAUCAUAAACUGCCAAGCAGCAUUUAACAGAUGGACAGGGUAAUUUGACUCGUGUACUGAUGCUUGCAUAAGCAGUGUGAUCUAUUUCUUGUGGUCUUCAUUUUCUUUCUUGUGAUUCCAUAUGAAUUUUGCUGGGCGUUAGAUCUACAGGGAAACUCGGUACUUCCCAUGAUUAAAUAGCCUACUCAUGGCAAGUAUUAUAUUAUUUUGAUCACAAUAGCUAAACAUAAAGGAAACAUAGAUUAGAUAAGAACAGAGCUAAUGAAAUACAGUUCAGAAAUGUAGUGUUUAAUACAGAUAAGUGCAGUUGUACUAUAUCUUACCAUAUGCACAGUGGAGCUACAAUGUACAGAUAUUAUAGAGUAUAUGUGAAUAUUAAAAAGGUAUUGAAGAAGUGUACAGUCAUAGGUUAAUUAUCCCAAUUAAAUACAGCCAUACCUCUGUAUAACUGUAAGUUUGUUCUUUACAUAAUACUGUUUUGAUGACUUUCAAGUCUUAGCACAUGAUAACUGACUUUCUAUUAGGUGUGAUUAAACCUUAAUAAAGAAUAUAUCAAGUGAUUUAAUUAUUGUAAUGCUCUGUGUAUGGGUGUUGACAAGACAAACCCACAUAUUUGCCUCUUUGUUAGACCUAUAUAUAGCUACGACUUACAAUAUGACAACUGCAUAUUCAUGAGUUUACACAGUGUCUUUAUUUUCUUUUAAUUACCAGACAUAAUUAAUACUGAAAUUAAAGACACACAUAGCUGAUUGAUAUUUAUCACAUUCAUCUCAUCUACUGAAAAGUUUUGCAUCUCCUGAACACCUGCUCCUGUAUGCUAUAUCAUUAUUCCUUAUUAAUAUUAUUAUGAACAAUAGUGAGCGCAUUAGUAGUUGUGUUUGUUGUUGUUGUUGUUGUUGUUGUGUACCGGUAGCAAUAAAAGCAGAAAAGGUUGCACUGGUAAAAUACAUUUAUAUUUAUCAUUAUCAUGUAAUAUCAUGGGGUUAUCAUAUACUUUUAAGUUUCUUAAAUUUGCAGAACAAUUUGCGUGAGAAAAUUAUCUGCUCUGAUUAACUGAUGAAGGAGGAGGAGACUGUGGCGUGGGGGGAAAUCUCUCUGGGUUUGAGGGCAAUUACGUCAGGUUGCUUCUUGCACUCUGGAUUACAAAGCUACGAGAGAGUGUCGGUGGUUUAUAAGCACAAAGCAAGAGAGGCAGAUAUCUGCACAUCAAACAGUGCAAACCUCACCCAAAGCACGGCAGCUACAGAGGACCAUGGCAUUUGCAGGGAUGCUGAACGACGAGGACAUCAGGGCUGCGGUCCAGGCUUGUCAAACUCCGGGCACAUUUGACUUCAAGUCUUUCUUUGCACAAGUGGGACUGAACGGCUCAUCUGAUGCAGAUGGGAAAAAAGUGUUCACAGUUCUGGACCAAGACAGGAGUGGAUACAUUGAGGAGGAGGAGCUCAAACUGUUCCUUCAGAAUUUCUCUCCGGGGGCGAGGGAGCUGACCGUGGCAGAGACCAAGACUCUGAUGGCUGCAGGAGAUAAGGAUGGCGAUGGCAAGAUCGGGAUGGAAGAGUUCUGUGAUAUCCUGAAAUAAAAAGAAUAACCGCCUUUCCCUACUUUAAGAUUACGGGUUUCUGAUGGGAAUCCUGACUUUCCAGAUUGUUUGAUGCAAAGACCAGAAACCUCAGAUAUCCUGCACCUGCUUGCUGCAACUCUCCCCGUCAAUGUGAUACAAUAAUGCAUAGGAUGUUUGGUGGAUAGAUGACUACAGCUGGAUGCUAGCUGUUAGAUGGAAUGGGUUAAUAAAUGUAUUUAAGAUGUGAUAUCCCUGUGUGCUGGUCUUUUCAUCUGCCUGUGAUGGCAAAUGCAUUAAGUGUCUCCUUUUUAUUCUUUGGCAGGGUAAAGGGCUCAACAUUUAAUUAAGACUAGUGCCAUCCAAUGUAUUCAGGGGUUUAGAUUCCCUGCAUCAUGCUUACUAUUAAUAAGAUUUGUAAGAUGACUAUGGUAAAUCACAAGAGAUUUACACAGAAUUAUCUUGCACAAAGACUUGGGGCAUAAACAGAGCAUGUUGGUUAUGGCUGGGCUUCUUUAUAGUGACAUCAGGUUUGUUUAUGAAUAAAAACUGAGUAUCAGGAACAAGAAAUAUUUAGGAUAAGAAGUAUGUUGAGUGCUUAUUUGACUCUAUUGACACCUAUGCAUGAAAUCACUCUGUCACACUCUGCCUGUCAGCCAUGCCAUGUUUUGCACUUUUGAGUUGGUCAGUUUAUUAUCUGUUAUUUUGGUCUGUUGGGUAUUGGGGUUCUGUCUUGUCUGUCAUCUAGUGUUCAGUAAACUGUGUCAUGUCUGUCACCCCACUAAUCCCUCUGCAUGUCAGUCUCUCUGUUUUCCCCUGCUCUCUCUCUGCCUGCCUGUGUCUCGUUAGUCUCAUUAGUAUCACCUGUGUACCUCUUCCCAGCUCGUUAACCCUGUGUGUGUAUAUAUCCUUGCUUGUUUCCCCUCAGUCUUUGUCUGGUCUUUGUCAUGUGCAUAUGCUCUGUCUCAUGUUGUUGUGUUUAGCCUGCUGUGCUUGUCUUGUCACCCUGUUUCUUUGGAUUUCUGUUUGGAUCACCUUGUUUUUGGACUCUGUUAAUCAGCCACUCUGCCAUUAAGUGUGCUCGCCUUUUGUUUGUUGGUUUAAUAAAUCUCUUGAACUGAACCUGCCA